AUGUUCCUUCCUACCACUACACUGGACCCGACAAUGCAAAGUCAAGUACACGUCGGUAUAAAAUAUAUACAUGAUGAAUCCCUGAGUUGGGGAAGCCAAAUCCCGGGUGUGAAGCAACCAAUUUUGCAAUGCUGGCGCAAAAAUCACGAGAUAGAAAUUCAGAUCAAGAACAUUGCCCGAGCGGCAUUUGCGCUGACCAAGGGAGGGUCGGUCAUCAUAAUGCAUAUGGAGACAGCUCUGAACUGCGCUGAACAAUUCGAUCAAGACUUCCAUGGCCGCGUGAGUGAUCGAUAA